UAUCAUUUUUUUUAAACAUCAGCUCUGAAGUAUAUAUAUUUUUAAUCUGUUUCCCAUCAGAUGACACAUAUAUCUUUAAUGUUAUAUUGAACUUAGAAAGUCCCGGCUAGGGAUGAGACAAACCACAAGUGCCAGUGAAGGACAGCAACCGGGUUUUCUGUUUUAAUUGACUUGCUAUGAGUUGGUUUCAGAUACACAAGGACCAAAAUACCCCAAAGUUUGCUAUAAUUGGAUAGGCUGACAUAAACUGCCGCUGAAACUUUAUACAGGCAGCUCUCCCCCAAAGUCGAGAGAGUGAAGAUGAUCAAGAGAUGGGGAAUUUACUGAUAGAGAAAGAAAUAGUGAAAAGGCACGUUCAUUUUUACAGGUUGUUGACUGUGAACUUUAUCUUGUUUUUCGUGUGUAACAGGAUUUAAUUGUUCGGUGGAUAACACUCAAAAAAACAUUCAAGUGCUCUUUCCCCUUGGAAGAAGUUGGAUUCUUGGAUCCUGAGGGGAGAAAUGUCACUUUAAAAUCCUGAAUGCAUAGUUGUCAGGUGCUUUUUCGUUUUUUGCUUAUUUUUAUUCUUUUUUAUCUCGUGGUCAUUAGAAUUGAAAGAAUUGGAAGAAGUUUUUAAGGGAAAGGAAUUUUAUUGCAGGGUUUAAUGUCCUUCUAUCUCUUCCCUGCAAAAAGGAAUGGUCCUUCGAGCAAUGUCUCAAGUUUCUGUUAUUAUCAUAAUUCUCUUGUUAUGGACUGGAGAAGAAACAAAUGCACAGAGAGCAGGCUGCAAGAAUGUCCACUAUGACCUGGUCUUUCUGCUGGAUACGUCCUACAGCGUGGGCAAGGAGAACUUUGAAAAAGUCAGGCAGUGGGUGGCCAACUUGGCGGGGACGUUUGAUAUUGGUCCAGACAAGACGAGAGUAGGGGUCGUAAGCUACAGUGACAAGCCUCACACAGAGUUCAACUUAGGCACUUACCAGAACAUAGAAGAUAUCAAGCAGGCUGCAGCGGGCAUCAGGUAUCGCCGAGGGAAUACUGUGACUGGAGAAGCCAUUGGCUAUGUCACCUUGAAUAGCUUCUCACAGCAAGCUGGUGGGAGACCCAAUGAUCCAAACAUUCAGAAAGUAGUCAUUCUUUUGACGGAUGGCAGAAGUCAGGAUGAAGUGUUGCCCAAUGCCACAUUGGCUCACUCUGCUGGCAUCAGGCUGUUUGCUGUGGGUGUUGGUGAUGCCCUUAAAGAAGAACUGGAGGAGAUUGCCUCAGAACCCAAAUCAGCUCACAUGUUCCACGUUACUGACUUCAAUGCCAUCGAUAAGAUCCGAGGAGUGUUGCGACAAAGACUGUGUCAAAAUGUACUAUGCCCAAAUCUAAGAUUGGAAGGCAGUCAGUACAAGUUACAAAAUAAACCUUCAGCUAACAUCCCAGGUUUUGAUCUAAUGGAACAGUUUCAUGUGAAAAGUAUUGUUGGAACGAAAGAUGGAGGAUUUGUUCGCCUUGGAACAAUGCCCAUCGUUCAGAUGACCAAAGAUGUGUUUCCUCAAGGCCUGCCUGAUGAAUAUGCUUUUGUUGCCACAUUCAAAUUCCGAAAAGCUUCACGAAGAGAAGACUGGUACAUCUGGCAAAUUAUUGACAAAUAUGGGAUUCCACAGGUUUCCAUCCGAUUAGAUGGUGAGAACAAAGCUGUGGAGUACAAUGCGGUUGGACUGAGGCAAGAUGCUGUGAGGACCGUUUUCAGAAACAAAGAAGUCAGCAGCUUAUUUGACCGCAAUUGGCACAAGCUGGCCCUCAGUAUUAAGUCAAGCAGUGUCUCUCUCUACAUCGACUGCAAACUGAUUGAAACGCUGCCAAUGGAAGAACGGGAGAACAUCAACAUUCGAGGGAAAACCGUGAUUGGCAAACGUUUGUAUGAUAGUGUCCCAAUUGAUUUUGACCUUCAACGGAUUGUCAUAUAUUGUGAUGCCAAGGAUGCAGAACUGGAGACCUGCUGUGAUCUUCCCAGCAACCCGUGUCAGAUUACUCUUGCCACACAACAUCCUCAUUUGGAGAUCUUAACAACACCACAACCACCUGCUGAAGUUGACAGCACAAAGACCAUUAACUGUUCCUGUCUUAAGGGAGAAAAGGGUGAUCGUGGUCUACCUGGUUUUGGACACAGAGGUCCAAAGGGUGAACCCGGCCAAGUAGGAGCUGAUGGUCGCAAAGGACAAAAAGGAGAACCUGGUCUAAUAGGCUAUGAUUCAUGGGAGAAAGGUGAAAAGGGAAUAAUUAUUGGUUUUCCUGGCCUACCUGAUGUGGAAAGAGCCAAAGGCGAAAAGGGUGAUCCAGGUCCACGUGGACAGAUAGGACCAAUAGGCCUGAAAGGAGAAAAGGGAGACCAGGGUUAUCCAGGAGAACAGGGUUUUCGAGGCAUCGCUGGACCACCUGGUAUUAAAGGUGAAGAAGGUCAGAAAGGGUCCACUGGAGAAAAGGGAGAACGUGGCUUUGAUGGAUUUCCUGGAAAAGCAGGCCUUCCUGGUGAAGUGGGGGCAACUGGUAGUCCAGGAAUUCCGGGUACUUCUGGAGCAAAAGGAAAAAAAGGAGAAGCUGGACCUCCAGGUUACCCAGGCAGUGUGGUAGAACUUGAUGGUUUGAAAGGAGAACCAGGUCAGCCAGGACUUCGUGGACAUCCAGGCUUGCCAGGUCCUCCAGGGCCUUUGGGUCGUCCUGGUCUGGAUGGCAGUGCUGGAAAACCUGGAUUACAAGGCCAAAGGGGAAGGAAGGGUGAUCGGGGACUGCCUGGUUUGCAGGGAAUUUCUGGACCUCUGGGUCCUAAAGGAGAUCCUGGUGCUCCCGGACUGACAGGGCGGCCUGGAGAACAGGGACUGCCAGGUGAAAUUGGCUUUCCAGGAAAGCCAGGUCCAAUUGGAAAACCGGGUCCACCUGGGAUAGAUGGGAAAAAUGGCUUCCCUGGACCUCCUGGAGUCAAGGGAGAAGCUGGAGAUCGUGGGCUAGAUGGCAUCCCUGGAAAGCCUGGUGAAAUGGGAGAAAGCGGGAUACCAGGUACGACGGGGCCCAGUGGACCAAAGGGAGAAACUGGUCUUCCUGGACAUCCGGGACUACCAGGUCCGAAGGGAAUGAAAGGAGAGCAGGGAGAACCAGGGAGACAAGGUUUGGUUGGUCCAAAAUCAGAAAAGGGUGAGAAAGGUGACAAGGGAUCUAUCGGACCACCCGGUUCUCCAGGCCUACCAGGGACGUCAACUGAAGGUUUUCCUGUGCCUGGGAUACCGGGUUUGGAUGGUGAGAAAGGGGAGAAGGGGAGCCCAGGAGAACCAGGAGAACCUGGUUCCCAUGGAACACCAGGAACAACUGGAACACAAGGACCUCCAGGUCCAAAGGGUCAGCAGGGUGAUCAAGGGCGGUCUGGAAUCUCUGGAGUAAAAGGUGAAAUGGGUAUUCCUGGAAGACCAGGGCCACCAGGGCCACAUGGCGUGCCAGGAAAUGUGGGAGUUCCAGGAGUUGCUGGCUCUCCAGGCAAGGAUGGUCCUCAAGGUGAGAAGGGAAUGUCUGGUGCUGAUGGUGAACCAGGAUCACCAGGAAUUUCAGGACCACCUGGAAUCCCUGGAUUAUCUGGAGAAGGCAAAACUGGGAAACCGGGUCAACCUGGUAUACCCGGCUCAGUGGGGCCACAAGGACCAAAGGGUGACCCAGGAGAACCUGGUUUACCAGGGUUAUCAGGAGACAGAGGCCUUCCAGGUGAAGGGAACCCAGGACCAGCGGGUGCUGCCGGACAGCCAGGAGAUAGAGGCCAUCCGGGUCCACGAGGCUCACCUGGAACUCCAGGCCAACCUGGAAGUGAUGGGUUACCAGGGCCUAGAGGAGAUCCAGGGCCUCCAGGAGAACCUGCAUCAUUACCUCUUAUUUCAAGGGGACAAAUAGAAUACAUGGUUCAGGACUUGUGCACGAGUUGCCCAGCUGGUCCACCAGGGCUUCAAGGACUACCAGGUUUGAAAGGAAGCAAAGGUCAUGGAGGCCCCCGGGGGAAUGAUGGAAAAGAUGGUCUAAUGGGUGAACCAGGACCAUCAGGGCCACCUGGACCACAAGGGCCAGCAGGAAUGAUGGGCAGUAAAGGAGAUCGGGGUGUGCCUGGUUCAUCUGGUGAAAAGGGCGAGCUGGGUAGUCCAGGACUUCCUGGUUAUCCUGGACCUCCUGGAACUGUUGGCCAACCUGGAGCUGAUGGCAUUCCGGGAUCUCCUGGUGCCCCAGGGCUGCGAGGAGAGAAGGGAAAGGAAGGUGCUCGAGGAAGUCAGGGACCUCCUGGACCAAUAGGGCCACCUGGUCUUCCUGGCAAAGAUGGAAAGGACGGGAAACCUGGACCUGCAGGGGAACCAGGCCGGCAGGGAAACCCUGGGCCUCCUGGCAGGAGUGGCCUCCGAGGAAUGCCUGGUUUCAAAGGCUCUAAAGGUGCUCCUGGUUCAACUGGUCCAAGAGGGGAAACAGGAAUGGCUGGGCCACCAGGUCAACCAGGCUCACCCGGGAAAGAUGGUGAACAAGGACCUCCGGCACCUCAGGGUCCUCCUGGUUUAAGAGGUGUUCAGGGUAAAAGUGGUCCUCCUGGUCCCGAAGGAAAACCUGGUCCUCCAGGUGCCGAGGGACCAAAGGGUUCUAAGGGAGCAAGUGGUGACCCGGGGUUUCCAGGGCCCCAAGGACAACCAGGAUCACCGGGACAGCAAGGAGACCCAGGAUUCACGGGAAAAACAGGGUCUCCAGGCAAAUCAGGUGAACCGGGGUCCAAAGGAGAAAGAGGUGACCCAGGUACCAAAGGUGAAAAAGGAAUCCAGGGAGACAAAGGACGAUCAGGUGAUCCGGGUCCUCCAGGUAUAAAAGGACACACUGGGAUAAUGGGUCCCGUGGGACCUCCAGGAGAAAGAGGCCCAGUUGGGUUACCAGGCCAAUCGGGUCCUCCCGGAAUACCUGGAGAAAGGGGUGAGCCUCCAUCUUCUGAGGUCCUGAGGAGACUUAUAAGGGAAGAGCUGUCAAAGCAGCUUGAUGUGCGGCUGUCCUAUCUCAUGUCUCAGUUUCCACCAACUUCUAUUAAAGCACCACCUGGGAAGCCAGGGCCACCAGGCCUACCAGGAACUGAUGGAUUUCCCGGGAGGCCUGGUGUCCCUGGAGAACCUGGGCCACCUGGACAACCUGGCUCUGAAGGACCCAGUGGGCCAAUCGGUCCAAAAGGUGAUAGAGGUUCAAAGGGUGAAAAAGGAGAGACGGGUAUUGGACAGCGGGGUGAUCCUGGUUCCCCAGGCCCUGUCGGUAUCCCUGGAACACCUGGCUAUGGGAAAGAUGGAGUUCCUGGUACUCCAGGACCACCAGGAGAGUCUGGCCUACCUGGAAUGAUAGGUCCUCAAGGACCUCCUGGUCAGAAUGGAAUCUGUGAUCUGGCUCAGUGUGCUUAUUAUGCAAGUAUGGCCAGCCGACCAGCUAAUCAGAAAGGACCUUGAGCCAAGUCAAAGAAGUUUUUGAAGAGAUGAAGGAUGCAGAUACUGUUCAAUACAAACAUAAAAAUAUAUCCGACAGCAGCCUGUACAGUGAUCACUCCAAGCGCACUUGUGGCCCGCUAAAUGUGUUCUGAUGCGAGAUCCUGCCCUCGCCUAGAAAAUCAGGAGAAACGUACUGUAUCCCAUCCAUUAAACACACACACAGGUCCCUUCUGCAAAUCCAUACCAGCACCUGAUUGUAACUGAACUUUGUGAUUUUAACACUCCCUAACUGUACAUAUUUUCAAAAUCUGCAGUAAGUUUCCUGUAUAGUUGUACCUCAACUAUAGUACAAUCCAGUGUGGCAUGUGUGAAAUGCAAUUUACAUACACUAGAUUAUUUAGAUAUUGACAGAUUUCAGUGUUGUGAAUAUAUAUAUAAAGUAAAAUUAAAGGCAAAAUGCUGAUUUCCCCAGGCUUAAUUUAAAAGGAAAUACCUCUUCUACUGGCCCUUGAAGGGCAAUUUAUUUUCACUUUGCACGAAUAAUGUACUUGAGUUUUCAAUCAUAUAUCAUAUUUUAGCUAAUCAUAAAAUAUUAAAAUUCCUAUUAUUUUCUUUGAAAAAAUGGUAAUACCUGACCUUGCUGAUGAUUUAUUAUUUGUGCCUUAACUUACAUUGCAAUGACUUCUUUAAAAAUUAAGAUUUAUUUUAUUGUGCUCACUGAAGCAAGAUAUUAAUGCUGAAAAUUGAAUAUUUUUCAAUUCAAGAACUCAGCAUCUGCUUCAAGUGCUCUCUGGUCAAGUGUAGGUUUGCCUAACACUGAGUUAAGCUCUUCCCCAACUCUGCACAACUCCUACUUAUACAUCAUUAUAGCAUUUUUGAAUUCAUUUCUCUCACCAGCCAUAUAUGGUGGCUUCUUGGAGUGAGGUUGCUGAUUUUUUUUUUAUCUUGUUGUAUUGCUUCCCACUUUCUCCAACUGGUUGGGAAGGGAUGGUGAAAUUGACCCUCAGGUGUCCCAUUUAACUAGGGGCAGACAGGACCAAUUUCAGGACAUAGCAUCCCGUGUGAAAUAACUCUCCAGAGACCGGUACCCUGUCAUCAAGUCACUCUUCAUUUACACAAAGUGUAUAGUACUUGACAUUGGUCUGGCUUCCUCAGAGCCAGCUGUCAGAGAGUGAAUAAGAAUCUCUAUCACUCCUACUUCUUUUUCUUUUUUGUUUAAACAGUGAAGGGGGGACAGCCCAUUUAUAUAUUUUUUUUGUGCUUAUUUUUU